GGGAAAGUGAAACUCCUGCUCCAGUCUGCCGGCAUGGAGAGCUGGUCCAACAUGUUCCGGUUGGUUCGACGCAGCGUUUCCUUCUGUUUGGACCGGCUGAGCGCUUUCCUCAGGUUCUUGCUCCAGGCUCCGUCUCCGCUGCUGUCCUGGGUUUGGCGGGUCCCGGGCGUCGGGCUCCUCUGCGGUCGAGUUCGGCUUUUGUGUCUCAGAGUCCAGAACUGGGCCUCGUUGCCCUGGCGAGGCGGGGCGGAGGAGCCCGACCCGCCCGGGGCCCGGUACUCCUCGGACGAGGAGGGGAGCGGAGGGGAUCCUCACAGCGGGGGUCCUCACAGCGGCCCCCACCGUCAGGAGCCUCCGAGGGUCGAGGUGGAGGAUGAGGUCACCGGAAGUGAAUGUCGAGUCGACGAAACGGAUGAUUUCUACUGCGAGUAUGACUCAACGUGGGAGACCUGGGGGCCCGAGAACGAGGGGCCCCCGAGAAGGAAGAGCCGCCAGAGCAGAAGGGACAGAAAUAACAAGUUCGCCAGGUUCGAAAGCGCUGCAAGAGACAUGCAGAACUACAGGCACGACUACCCAAACCUUCCCCGGGCCCGACACCGCUUCCAGGAGGAAAAUGAUGAAAAGCCCAAUCUGAGCUUCUACCUCGGGAAAACGCCGUCGCUACCAGACAUGGUCUACAUUGAUCAGUUCCACAAAGACUGGAAGGGAAAGUAUGCAAAACUGGAGCAAACACACAGCUACAUUCAGUGGUUGUUUCCUCUGCAGGAACCCGGGCUAAACUAUGAAGCAAAAACGCUGACCAAGCAGGAAAUUCAGGAUUUUCUUGGCAGUUCAGCCGCCAGGGAGAACCUGCUGAAGUCUUACGAGCUCAUGUUGGAUUUUUAUGGCAUCGAGUUAAAAAACAAGGAAACGGGAGAGGUGGCGAGAGCAGCGCACUGGUUCGACAGGUUCCAGAAUCUGAACAAUCACACGCACAACAACCUGCGCAUCACCCGCAUCCUGAAGUGCCUGGGAACUCUGGGAUACCGCCACUACCAGGUCCCUCUGGUUCGGUUCUUCCUGGAAGAGACUCUGGUCCACGGCGAACUUCAGCAGGUCAAAGACAGCGCCCUCAGCUACUUCCUGUUUGCCGUUCUCGACAAGCAAGAACGCAGGAAGCUUCUCAAGUUCGCCUACUAUCACCACGAUGACAGAGAGCCGUUCGUGUGGUGCCCGAAGAAAAUCCAGGACGCGUGGCCGAGACGUCAGCAGCAACAGGACCAAUGUGAUCCAGGGGGAAACGGCUGGGGCAACUGAUGAUGCAGCAUCAACUGAUGAUGCUGCAAGAAACGUGUCGGCAAUAAGAAUAAAAACUCAAUGCACAAGCUGUUCAAACGCUUGUUGAAAGGCUUUAUGUCUGCAAAGUUUUGGAGUUUAUUAAUGUUCAUGUUAAAGUGAAGGUGGGAGUUGAAGGCAGUGUUUGUUGACAUGACACCCGUUACUCAUGUUUGCAGUUUUUCCCAGUUGUUUACAUCUUCUUACUGUUCUUAUGCACUGAAUGUGUGUUUUGCACUAGGUGGCUUCAAUAACUCAGGCAAAUAAAGCGCAUUACAGUAGUGAGGAAAAAACUGGAUUAUUUUCUCCUGCAGGUUGUUUCUUGGUUCGGUUUUCUACGCAUCUGCGGCUCUUGAAUCGUCAUUCACGCCGUUCCUUCACUAAAAGAAUAAAACCAUUUUAUUGAUUUCAUUCGAAUUAAAAUCCAGGACUGUGGUGAAAAAACGUGUAGCGUUUCUGCAUGUUGUUCCUCAUGAUGACGUCGUGAACCUUUACUUCACGGAACAAUGGCAAGAAAACGAGCUUAAACAAAAAAAGAUCUACAAGAUGUUGUGUUUAAAGCCGGUAGAGGACACGGCGAGCAUCCCGUCGCUUCCAUCAUGUUUGGGAUAAGAUAAAUCUGGCGUCACAAGUUCAAAUAUCUGGGCCUGUAGAUACUCUUGCGAACAGAACCGUAGCAAACCAAAAAUACAAACGAGAACUGUAUGUUUUGUAAACGACAAAAAAACUGAACUUCAAUAAAGUCCUGUUUUUGUGCA